UUUAUUGUUCAAAGGACCUUGAACUUUGGUGUGCAGAUUUUUUUCCCUUGCUUUUUGUAUUUUUCUCUGUUGAAAUCUACGCACUCAUUAUAAACAUAUACUUUUUUAUUUUACUUAAUUGGCACAGAAUUUUUCAUAUUUUAAAACUCAUCAGUACAUUGUUACUGACUUUUGUACUGUUAAUCUGUGCUUCAUUUCUCUAUUCUAGUUGUCCUACGAAUCCCUUUAUCGUAAUAAAGCAAUUUUUCACAUUUUCAAUUCUAAUUUUUUUUAAGACUUUAAUUAUGAAAAAGAGACUUUUAUGUCGUGUUAUGGUUUCUGUCUUCACCCCUCCCCGCUGGAUUCUGGACUGAGAGGUGUAUGCGGAUUCCUCCAAUGGCUGUUUGUAACCCUGAAAACAUUGGUGCUGCAGUCUGGAUUGCCUUGAAGAGGCUUGAUCUCAAUGACAGCAGGAUCACAGCUCUCCGGGAGGUUCAUAUUCCCAGUGGAGCCCGAGGGACCAGCGUAAGACAAAUACUAGCUCAGUCUUUCAGGCUUGACACUUCUCAGAGGACACUUAAGAUACGAAACAAUCGAGGAUGCCUUAUUCCCUUAAAUCCCUUCAUGCCGCCAAACAGCAAGCAAAUGCCGUACGUGCUUGAAGUGGCCAAAAACCACCAGCAUGUCAAUCCAAGACCCAGAAGUAUUCCUGUGCCUGUUAUUAAUAAAUCCCUAAGGUCCAGACUACAGAGCAUUGUGAAAAGGAUUGAAAGAUUAGAAGAACUGUUGCCUCAAAUCAAACUGAAACACCAUGAAAGGUCGACAAAGGAUAUUGAGUUACUGAAUCAAAAGCUGGUAUUUCUUCACAAACGAAUGCAGUGUCUGUUGGUUUGAGAUGGCGGAGUCGUACAGCUGGGAGGGGAUGCUGAGAAGAGCUCCUCUGUGGUGAAGUCUGCUCGAACCCUGACUGACAUCACCAGUGACAUCACAGAGAGUCGAAUCAGGCUGUUCAGUCUGUGUUCUGGAUCUAAUCUGAAUCAUGUGUUUUAUCCGAGUUCAAAUGCAUGAAUGGGAGAUUUUCUUUUGAUUAAACUUUACUCUUCUGA